AUGUCUUGCUCCGGAGACCGCGAGAAGGCGACCGCAAUGGAGGAGAAGUGGGACUAUGUGAAUCUUGAUGACUUCAAGUCUGAGUCUUGCUGGACCGGAUUCUCAUAUUUCUUUCUAUGGAUAUUCCUCUUCAUCUCUCUCGCUGUCUAUGGUGUCGAUGUCUUCACUGCCGUGAAUCUUCUGGCCUUCUCGCGAUGGGCUGGGCGAGUAGAACCUGCCAUUCCGUUCUACAUCUCGCGAUGGAUCUUUGCCGCGUGCAUUAUCGCUUCGUUCGUCAUCUUGGUUUACCGAUGGAUCCAUGCCGUUCGGGCCAUGCGCUCUGGUAGUAUCACUCGCAGCUUCCUUGACCCGCUGGCCGUUCGUAUCCAGAGUUUUCGGCUGGGCAAAAAGGGACGUGGAUGGAGGAGAUUCCUUGUAUUUGCCGAGUUGACCAAGGACAGGAAAGCAGCUGAAUAUGUUGCUCUCUAUGCGCAUUUCUCCUUUCAAUUCUGGAUGAAUACAGUCUUUGCAGAUGGCCCGCGUCAGGUUAUCAAUGCCAUCACACUCUACUCAGUCAUGCAGAUGGAUCUCCUCCCUGGCGGUAAAAACGCAGCCAAGGACGAUGGCAGCUCUGGAGCCUCGCAGUUCUUCAAUAAUGUCAAAAUUCUGGCUGAGGACAACAACCUUCAGGCGGUCGUUCUAUUUGGUAUGCUCUUCACGCUGGUCAUCUGGGUGCUUUCCGUCUUGAAAUUGAUCUCAGCGAUCGUGCUCUACCUGAUCUUCCUGUUCCAUCAUAUCCCAGCGGAGGACGGUACGCUUUCAAGAUACUGUCGUCGCAAGGUUGGACAGCGUCUCAAGCGCAUUGUCCACCGCAAGAACAACAAAGCACUGGCAAAGGGUCUCAAAUUGCAGAACCGAACCCCCACACAGCCAAGUCUGGUCAGCUCGGAUUCGAAACCGACACUACCGUCCAUUACUGGUGAGAAGGUGCCUGUAACUUCUGUGGCUAGUCUUUCUCGGAGUACCACUGCAACAACUCUGCCCCCAUACACUCGGUCGAACUCAGCAGCGCACCCAGAGCAAAACCCAACACUGCCAAACCUGGAUUUCGACACCAAGCCCCCGCUGGUUCGAACUACAACCCAAACGUCAAUGAUGUCGGAUUCGGCUUCCCUGGCAGGCAACGCGGCCGCAAUGGGCUACAGUCCCCUUGAUCGCCACAAUUCCCCAGCUCCUCCAGUGCCGCCAUUGCCAGCAAAUGUACAACCAACACGAAACAUGUCCCACUCGCGCCCAUACCAACAGACACACACCCCGGCACCAGAGUACACCUCCCCAGACGCCAUCCGCGCAGAUGACUACUUCCAUCGCUCGCAUACACCAGCACACGCACAACCCCAUUCAAACUACGACCCCUACGGCCCACGAGACAUCUACGCCGAAGAUAAGUACGCUGAAGACAACUACGAAUCGCACGAGCCCGAUUACGAGCACGAGUCACCCUACUAUGCGCAGGAUCCAUACUCCACACAAUCCUAUACCCCAGCCAGCACCGGCGCAACACCCGCUCCAUACGGACGAUCCAUGACCCCGGCAACCUACCGUCCAACGCCUCCACCGCAGGCCCAAACCCCCAUCCAGCCUCCACCACGGACUUUCACACCCAUGACCUCUGCAACCCCUGCCCCUCAAAACGGCAGCUACGCCGCAUUCAACCCAUCUAUGCCAAGCCACUCGCAGACACCCUCGCCCGAGCAGCGUCGCGGCCAAUGGAAUCCCGCAUCUGCUGGGUACAACUUUAACCGCGCGAAUACUGCCUCGCCUUCUGCUAUGCACCGCGCUCCGCCUGGCCAUUAUUUUAACCGGUCGAAUACUCAUCAGUAUUAG